AUGACCAUUUCAACAGAAAAUACUUCAGUGAUGGAUCUGGAUUCAACGGCAUUGAAGGAUGAAACUCUUGAUCAUCUUAUUACUGAAAGGCAUAAAAGAUUGACAACUUCAGCUCAUCUUGAUGAAAGUGAUCAUGAUGACCAUCAAAGUAAAUUCAAAACCUUAUUUGGUUUAUUAAAAAAUUUUAUCGGUGUAAAAGAUAUCGUUACUCUACGGAUUUCACUUCCUUCACAGCUUCUUGAACCCAUUGGAAACUUGGAAUAUUGGAAUUAUAACGAUAGGCCAGAUUAUUUACUUUGCAUUGGAGACUCUGAUGAUCCACUUGAAAGGAUGCUAGCUUCAAUCCGCUGGUGGUACUCCAAAGACUUGAAAUUUGUGAAAGGGAAAUUAAUAAAGCCAUAUAAUUCUAUCCUUGGGGAACAAUUUUCAUGUCAUUGGGAUGUCACUUCACCAAAAUUCGAUAUAAAAGGAAAUUUCAUUAAUGACUCGGAAUCAAAUUUAUCAGGAUCAUCAAAAGGAGAUCAAAAGUAUCGAGUAACAUGUUUAAAUGAACAAAUUUCUCAUCAUCCUCCUGUAUCGGCAUUUCACUAUCAAUGUGAAGAGAAAGGUGUUUCGGCUUACGGGAUUGAUCAAAUAUCCGCAAAAUUUACCGGAACUUCAGUAAAAAUUGGACCCGGUGAACAAAAUAAAGGAAUUUACGUUAACCUUGCUAAAAGGGAUAAUGAAGAAUAUUUAUUAACACAUCCCGUUGCUUCAGUACAAGGAUGGCUAAAGGCUUCAUUAUAUGUUGUAGUUAGUGAAAGUUGUAUUGUUACCUGUCCCAAAACAAAGUUAAAGGCAAUACUUGAAUAUAAAGAAGAGAAAUGGCUUGGUAAACCAAAGUUCGCAAUUGAAGGAAAAAUUUUCAGAUAUGAUCCGGCAAAUGAUGACAUCAAUAAGUUAAAAAACGUUAACGCUGAUGAUGUUGUUGCUGAAAUUACUGGAAGUUGGAGAGGUCAAGUGCAUGUAACACGACGCGAUACCAACGAGACACGAUUAUUACUUGAUCUGGAAAAGUUAGAAGCAGUGUCAAAAAAAGUAAAGCCAAUUGUUCAGCAAGGUUCACUAGAAUCAAGAAAGGUUUGGCAACCUGUUUCCUCUGCUUUAUUCUCAAAAGAUUAUAAUAGAGCAACAAAAGAGAAACAAAUUAUUGAAGAAAAGCAAAGGCAAAAGGCUUCCGAAAGGAAAGCUAAUAAACACGAAUUUGAUAGUGUCCUCUUUAAAUUACCUGUUGUUAAUGGUAAACCCGAAUUAAAACCAGCUGGGAUCGAUGCUUGCGGUAAGGAACUAUUGAUUAACUAG